AGGGAGGUUCUACUCGGCAUCACUGGAAAGGACUUCGUCAUUCUGGCGGCCUCCAAAGCUGCCAUGAGAGGCCCCACCAUCCUCAAAGCCGAAGAUGACAAGACAAAGCAGCUGAAUGAACACAACCUUAUGGCCUUCUCGGGAGAGGCGGGAGACACAGUACAAUUCGCGGAGUACAUCCAAGCCAACAUCCAACUAUACACGAUGCGGAACGAUACGGAGCUGGGUCCGAGUGCGGUUGCCAGCUUUGUCCGGGGAGAAAUGGCGCGGAGUCUGCGGUCUCGGAAUCCCUACACUGUCAACCUCCUGCUGGGAGGUGUCGAUCCCAUCACGCAGAAGCCUCAUCUAUACUGGAUUGAUUAUCUGGCAUCAUUGGCUCCCGUACCAUAUGCUGCUCACGGCUAUGCGCAAUACUACUGCCUGUCCACUCUCGAUAAACACCACCACCCCGACAUCUCGCUCGAAGAAGGAAUGAAGCUCUUGGAAAUGUGCACAGACGAAUUGAAGCGCAGACUACCGAUCGAUUACAAGGGGGUUCUGGUGAAGAUCGUGACAAAGGACGGCGUGCAAGAAGUACCAUUCGAUAAUGACAGGAUUGUCAAGAGUGCCUAA